AUGAAGCCAUCCAACAAUGGCCGUCUCCUCCGAAUCGGGGCCGUGGUGCUCAUCUCAGGGGCUCUUCUGCUUCUCUUUGGAGCCAUUGGUGCCUUCUAUUUCUGGAAAGUUAAUGACAAGCACGUUUACAACGUCCACUACACCAUGAGCAUCAAUGGCAAAAUACAAGAAGGGUCAAUGGAAAUUGAUGCAGGGAAUAAUCUAGAAACAUUCAAGACCGGCUCUGGUAGUGAUGAAGCCAUUGAAGUGCAUGACUUCCAGAUUGGUAUUACUGGAAUUCGUUUUGCUGGAGGAGAAAAAUGCUACAUUAAAGCUCAAGCCAAGGCUCACGUUCCGGAUGUUGACAGCGUG